ACGGCCAUUUGUAGCGGCGCUGGAGGCUGCGUUGGGCAGGCGCUGCGGAGCCGUGCGGAGGAGCGCGCCCCCCGGCCGCUGCGCCCCUGGCCCCUGCCGACCGCCCGCUUCCCCGCGCCUGGGGCGCCGCUCGGCCAGCCCGGGAGCCGCGCUGCCGCACGGACCGGCCCUCCCGGCAGCUCCCGGCGCCCGGGACCCCCGCCCGGCCGCUCGCCCGCAGCCCGCCGGCCGCACACGUCCCCGGAGCCGGGCCUAGGGCGGGCGGCGGCUCGGCGUGGCCGGGCUGGGCUCGGCGGCGUCCCCAUGGCCGCGGCCGGCUGGCGGGACGGCUCCGGCCAGGAGAAGUACCGGCUCGUGGUGGUCGGCGGCGGCGGCGUGGGCAAGUCGGCGCUCACCAUCCAGUUCAUCCAGUCCUAUUUUGUAACGGAUUAUGAUCCAACCAUCGAGGAUUCCUACACAAAGCAGUGCGUGAUAGAUGACAGAGCAGCCCGCCUAGAUAUUCUGGACACAGCAGGACAAGAAGAGUUUGGAGCUAUGAGAGAGCAGUACAUGAGAACUGGCGAGGGCUUCCUGUUGGUGUUUUCAGUCACAGAUAGAGGCAGUUUUGAAGAAAUCUAUAAAUUCCAAAGACAGAUUCUCAGAGUAAAGGAUCGUGAUGAAUUUCCAAUGAUUUUAAUUGGUAAUAAAGCAGAUCUGGAUCAUCAGAGACAGAUAACACAGGAAGAAGGGCAGCAGUUAGCACGACAACUCAAGGUGACCUACAUGGAGGCGUCAGCAAAGAUUAGGAUGAACGUCGAUCAAGCUUUCCAUGAACUUGUCCGGGUUAUAAGGAAGUUUCAGGAGCAGGAAUGUCCUCCUUCACCAGAACCAACGCGGAAAGAAAAAGACAAGAAAGGCUGCCAUUGUGUCAUUUUCUAAGAAUCCCCUGAGUUUUAGCUACCAACUGCCAGGAAAAGCCCUCAUCGUCUCUUCUUACGGUUUACGUCACGUUGGUACCUUUCUAGCCUUAGACGGAUGCCCACCGUGGUAGCCUUAGACCAAGAAGCUGGCUAGUCCUUUCCGUGAAGCUCAUCCUAUGGUCAUUUUCAGACAAAUUGAAAGGAAACACUAAGGCUGCUUCAAAGAUUAUCUGAUUCCUUUAAAAUAUAUAUCUAUAUACACAGACACAUUCUUUUUUAAGGGCUUACAUUUUAAUAGGGAUGAAUCAGUUUUGGAACCUAAGCUGUUUGCCAGGCUGAAGUCAUAGGUUGUGAAAUAACUUUUAACUUCUGGAAUCAUAUUGCCUACUGUUACUCUAAAUAGAAACAUAAGGAGUUUUUUUAAAAAUGUGAAUUUUUGCCUGUCUCUAAAAAUUUUGAUGUCAACUUUAGUUAACUUUAAAUACACUGAAUUGAAUCCACACAAGUGAGGCAUCUCAGACCUUUACUAAAGCUACAGCCUUUGUUUUCCAGUGGCCAAAAUACCAAAAUGCCUAUUGUAUUUAUAGAUUAAAAACUACGUAUAAAGCCUUUAUUAUUACUGCUACUCUUAAAGAUGAUAAUACUCUGUGUGGUCGAAUAUUUGGUCUCAUUCUGGACUUAGGCAUUUCAAUGUUCUUGGUUUUUUAAUUUAACUCUUUUCACAGCCAUGUUGAGAGUAAAAAUAAAUAAUUUCUGUCUGUCUUCCUUUUUCAAGUAUUUCUGGAUAAGGGAUUCAAAAAAAACUAAAACUGUUUUUGUUUGUAAUAUAAAAUAUGGAAUUGAUCUUUCCAGGGUCAGAGAUGAUUAAUGUUUUUGCUAUAUACUUUUAUACAUUAUUUUCUUAUCAAACUAGUUAACAAGUAUUUUUAUAUGUUUGUAAGCAAAUAUGCUUUCACAGCAUACCUUGUGUAUAUGUAAAGAUAAGUAUUUAAUUCUCACUGUUCACUUUUAACUGACAAAGAAGAAAAAAGUGAAAACUACAGAAACUGUGGUAGAACUUACUUGCUAUUCUGGUCCUGGUUGUGCCCCCCUUUGGCCAGUCACGUACCUACUCAAGAAAUCUUCCCAAGAGAGUACAACAGGACGAGACUCUGAAAUCACUUUCGACAUCCCCUACUAGAUAUUGACUGUUAGAUCAAGUAGUAAGUGCAAAGCUUUUAAUUGACAAUUAGCGUAACUGUGGAUGGCUUCUGAUUUUGUUUUUAAUUCUGUGGAUUGUGUUUAAACAAUUCAAAAGUAUGAUCCUGAUUUUGAGAUACUAAGUGGUAUUGCACAGUUGUCACUUUACUGAACGUGUACAACAGUCCCAUGAAGUUUAUAAAGCGUACCCUUGUAUAGCUUCAGGUGCUAGAAUUAAAAUUGAUCUAUUACAA